ACUUCGUCGAAAUGUCACAGUUACUAUUUACUGCUACUAAAAAGCGUGCCUAUCUCCGGAACAUCACGAUUCUAGUUCCUAAAACAUGGACGAAAAACUCCACGUACGAACAGGCAGGAAUUGAAGCCUUUGAAAAGGCCAAUGUGAUUAUAGACAAGCCUAAUGGUGUACAAGGUGACAACCCAUACGUCAAACAGAAAGGAGAAUGUGGACAGCCGGGGACGUUUAUGCACUUGACUCCAGCAUUCAUACUAGAUGAUGCCGUUGCAAGGCAAUAUGGGACCCCUCCUGCCAAGACAGUCCUCCAUGAGUGGGGACAUUUGCGCUGGGGUUUGUUUGACGAGUACCCGGUGGACGAAAAUGAUCCUCACUUCUACCACGAUUCUAUUUCUGAGAGAAUAGAAGGCGUACGCUGUUCCCGGGGAGUGACGGGCAAGGACUAUAAGAGAGUUAACGACGGUUUCGUGUGGAAUUGCAACCCGGAUAAUGAAACCAACCUCCCAGAAAGUGGUUGCAGGUUUGCCCCUGAUGUAUACAACAACGUGGGAACCACCUCUAUCAUGUCACACCAUUAUGUAACAUCUGUUAUCGGGUUCUGUGACAACGAUGAGACAGAUUCACUUGACCAACAUAACGACCAGGCCCCUAACAGGCAGAAUAGACUCUGUGGCGGCAGGAGUGCUUGGGAAGUCAUGAGGGAACACGAAGAUUUUAGGAACAAUCAUAAUCCUCCUGUAUCCACUAAUACAGACAUUGAUACAACUCCCACUUUCAAAGUGGUUCAACAGCAGCCAAAGAGAUAUGUACUGGUUCUCGACGUUUCCGGAAGCAUGGCCAAUGACAACAAAUUGGUGAACCUGAAGAAGGCGUGUGCAGAGUUCCUACUCAACACUGUUGCCGAAGAUAGCCAAGUUGGCAUAGUUAAAUUUAGUUACGUAUAUUCCACUACCAUAGUGAAGCAUCUAACGACUAUGAGUUCUAGAUCAGUGAGAGAAGACAUGGUUUCCAUUGUUAAUGGACUAAUCGCCAAUGGAGGAACAUGCAUUGGUUGUGGUCUCCAAGAAGGCAUAGAUGUGUUAGAAAACAACAACAUGGCAGCAGCUGGUGGCAUUUUGGUCGUUGUUAGUGAUGGCGAGGAAAACCGUCCUCCAUACAUAAGGGAAAUUAAGCCAAUCCUCAUACAGAAAGAAGUCUUAGUGGAUACGUUACUUUUUACGGCGUCAGCUGAUGAACAACUCAUAUCUUUAGCUAAAGACACUGGAGGCCUAUCAUUCUUUGAAACGGGAAAUACUCUAUCUACUUCUUUGACGGACUCCUUGUCUAAGACCAUUACACAGAGAAACAGCGGCCAGGAAGAUGUUCUAGUUCAGAUAUUGUCAGAAUCGUUUACAGUCCCCGGUGGAGGAAGCUCUUUCCAAGGUUCCAUGUAUAUUGACAGUACUAUUGGAAACAACACACGAUUUUUAUUCACAUGGAGUACUGGUUCGAUCACUGUGACAUUGAGAGCACCUGACAAUGUGACCAUAACGCAGGGCAGUGGGUCCGGAGUACUGAAUAUUGAUAUUAACGGCACAACACAGGUAGGAAAAUGGCUCUACACUGUCACCAGCUCGGGUUCCGGAAAAACAGUCCAGGCCCAGAUCUCUUCACGACCUUCUUCAGAAGCAGCGCCCAUUUUACUGAGUGCCAGUGUGAGCAGUGAUACCGUGGAUAUUGCAGAUCCCAGUUUGUCCCGCAUUGUCAUAUAUGGAGAGGUUACUCAAGGCUACACGCCGGUAGUUGGCGCCACUGUGAAGGCUUAUGUUGACGCAAGUAAUGGGAAAACCCACACACUACAACUGCUUGAUAACGGGGCAGGUGCGGAUAAUACCAAGAACGACGGCAUCUACUCGGCAUAUUUCCUGACAUUUGAAGGCGACGGGACGCAUUCUGUGCGAGUUGUAGUGAAAGGCGAAGACGGUGUUUCAGUUAAGUCUGUAGUUGGUGGACAAAGAUUACCAAUCAUUACCAACACAAGUAAGCUCUAUACUCGUUUUUGCAUAUUUAACUUGCCUAAUGACCAUACGUGUUAA